AUGAUCGUUAAAGAACUAGUGCAGCAAAUGAUCGAUGAAGACGGCGUGAUUUCAGUGGAAAAAUGUGGGAAUAUCAACAUUUACUGGUGCUUUAAGAACCAAACUCUCCAAACGCUGUACGAUUCUAGUGAGAUGCUAAAAAAAAAGAUACAGGAAACAGAGUCGGAUAUUACCGCAUGUAAACAGGAGCUAGAUAAAACGCUAGCGACAGGGAGAUGCAAGAAAUUCACUAUAGGCCAGAAAUCAUACAGCAGAGAGGCUCUACUAGAAAAGAGGAAUAAAAUACACGAGGAAAUAAAAAAGAAGAGCACAAGUUUGCAGAAAAUAGAAAUGAUCAGGUGGGAUACAGCAAAGAUUCAAGAAAAUAAACAUAAAAUUCGUCUGAAAAAAGUCCAGCUGGAAAAAAUUACUGAUAAUAUCGAGAUUCUUGUCGAUUAUCUCUACAAGAAGUUCUUUUUGAAGCCAGAACAAAUCAGAAAAGAAUUUGGAAUUCCAGAAGAGUUCAAAGAGUUCACAGAUAUUUAG